AUGUCUAUCGAUAUCAGCUGGGACACGCUUGUCGGCGGCGCAGAUGGGAUCGCCCGUGCAGAGUCCAUUCGCGCCUUUAUCCACGACAGAUUUCAACAGGUGACGCUGCCGCGUUUCAUCCGUUCUGUGCGCGUCCAUUCGUUCGACUUUGGGAGCGUGCCGCCAGAAAUAGAGAUCAAGGAUAUCUGCGACCCGCUGCCAGAUUUUUACGAGGAGGAUGAAGAUUAUCCAGAUGAGCAUGAAGGCGGCAGCGAGACCUCUGCCGACCAACCCGACCCUACAGACCCCGCCUCACGCACAGCAAAAGAGCGCCAUCCCCUCGGCAGCCCAUUCCUGGCCCGGGCCUCUACACCUGGCAUUCCUGGAGGCACUUCGAACAUCAAUUACUUUCAUCUUCCCUUGGGAGCGGGACUCUCUGGUGCCACGACGCCGCUCGCUGCCGUGGCUGGAGCACAGCUUCAGGGCUGGCCUGAUUAUCCGUAUGGCCGACCAACGACCCCAACGGAGAUGCGCCUACGAAAUGCUGCCUCUUUCGGCUCCUUGACACUGACACCACAGUCGAAUCCUGAUCCCAGCACUCGCCCAUCGUCUCAACAUGAGCUUGAUGCCGGAACCAGUAAUCCUAUCUCCGAUUCUGUACGCGCUCCCUCAGAGGCAGGAUACGACCGUACGACAUCUGCGUCUCCGCCCCGCAUGCGCGAGAAGAGUCCCGAGGACAUUCAGGUUGUGGCACAUGUGCAGUAUUCUGGAGACGUCAAAAUCUCGCUUACCGCUGAAAUACUUCUCGACUAUCCCAUGCCAAGUUUCGUGGGCAUUCCUCUGAAGCUCAACAUCACCGGCCUAACCUUUGAUGGAGUUGCGAUCCUGGCCUACAUCAAGAAGCGUGCUCAUUUCUGUUUCCUAUCCCCCGAGGAUGCAGAUGCACUAGUCGGCGGUGACACUAGCCUAGAGUCGCUCCAGUCGGACGCGAAGUUACAGGACAAUCAAGCUGGGCGCCGACUACGUAUUGGUGGACUCCUAGAGAACAUCAAGGUGGAAAGCGAGAUCGGUGAGAAGGGAAGUGGGAAGCAAGUACUCAAGAAUGUGGGCAAGGUCGAGUCGUUUAUUUUGGAACAAGUCAGGCGCAUUUUUGAGGAGGAAUUUGUAUACCCUAGUUUCUGGACGUUCCUUGUUUGA